AUGAACCAUCUAAAGCUUCUAACUGUGAUUAGUAACAAUGCAGUCGGGCGCUCUGAUAUAAACCAAGAGACAUCUAAUUUAUUGAAGGGAAUUGUGAAGGAGAUAAAGGCAUGUCAGUCGUCAAGAAGGGGAUCUGAUCUUGUGUUUGCUCUCCCGGAGCCUACAAUGAUCCUCCCGAGGCAGCACUUAAAGGAACACACCGAGACAAGAUGGGAAAGAUUUGCAAGAUCCAAAGGAAUAAAAAAGAAAAAGAAGAGCCAGAUUGUGUAUGAUAAGGAGAUAGGAGAUUAUGUCCCUAGAUAUGGGCCUCACAGCAAGAAAAACCGAAUUCUAAAGGCAGCUGUUAAGGAGGGAGAAGUAACGCUAUCUGCGCUCAGAAGACAGAAAAAGAACAAUAUUGAGAAAAAUGAAGCGAACAGGCUUGCUAACAUUUCGAGGAAAAAAGGAAGUAAUUAA